GCGGCAGGGGAACGUCCGGUGGCGGGCAUGCAAGCAUGCGCAGGUGUUGGUGCAGGUCAGGGCGGAAGACGACCUACAACUGCGGAGCCUCCAUGGCGGUACGACCCAUCUUUGUACAGGCAUCUAGAGUCAUGGGAGACACCACUGCCCCCGUCGGACGAGGAGCCGGAGACGGAAGAACUUCCAACGUUGCCUCUUGCCAGCGGGUCGACACAGCUGUUGUCGCAGACGGUGCAAGCAGGCGGGUCGACUAGCAACGAAGGCGGCGAGUUCACCUCACUGCUGCACCAAGGCUUGGGAGACGACGACGACGGCGGAGUUGAUCUCAGGUUCGGGUUGUGUUCUGGCGGCGCUAGGGAGGCGAGCCGUACGUUCAUCAUCGACACCGAUCCUUCGCCACGUGGCGUUCAACAUGUUGUUCGUAGUCGAUCCGUUGGGUGUGGCGGCAGAGGUGGCGCCAGCGACGACGGCGGGAAGUCUGCGACGUACCGGUCUCCGGAAGACCAAAUGCUCCUGGUGAGAUGCAAGCGGGAGCAAGACAUGCACCUCGUCGGGCUGGGUCACAAUUACAGUCGGAUGCAGACCAAGGAGUGGAAGUGGGACGACAUUGCGAAGCGCAUGGCGAACGCGGGGAGGCCUAGAGACGUGGACGACUGCAUGAAGAAGUGGGACAAUCUCUUCCAAAACUACAAGAAGAUACAGAGGUUUCAGAAUGCGAGCGGCCAGCCAGAUUUCUUCAGGCUAUCAAAUGAAGAAAGGAAGGAGCACAACUUCAAGUUACGGAUUGAGAGGGUGUUGUACAACGAGAUCCACGCAGGCAUGGUGGGCAACCACACCAUUUUCCCUCCCAACGUCGCCGACACUGGAAGUCCGGACGGGGUGCAGCUGCCCAGGCGAGGAGCGGGUGGUGGGGAGUCUGUUGGUAGUGAGGCCGGUGGUGAAGGUUUCCCUGAAGAACGUUCUUUUGCGAGGGGCUCCGACAACGACGCAGGCAGUGGGGCUGGAGGCGGGAAGCGGAAGAAUGCGCGUCAACAGGCGUUGGAGUCGAUCGCUGAUGUUAUGGACCGCCAUGGCGAACUGAUGUCGUCGACGAUCGAAUCGUCUAGCAAGCGGCAAUGCAGCAUAUUCACGAGGCAAUGCAACAUACUCGAGCAGGAAGUUGCAGGAAGAGGUCGCCGACAUGUCCCGAAGGCGAAGAGGGUGCGUUCGGAUGAUGCGUCCGCAAGGGUGCCUCCUCGUGUAGCGCAAGGUUGGGCGGCAGCAGCGGGAGGGGACUACAACGAAGACUUCAUGACGGAGGAAGAGCAGAGGCGACCACGUCUGCAGUACGGGAGAGCGGUCGGCAGCGCUCUUCGGAUCAAUGCGCCUCCGAAGAGGAUGCUAACCCCUCCACCCGAGGCGCAGCAACUGCGUGCCCGCGAAAGGCGGACAGAGAAGGCUGUCGUCGUCGAUCUUGGCGGCGAUGAUGACGAGCCCUUGGAAAAACGUCGCCAGCGCACUUGUACAACAGCGACCCCACCGCCGACAGUGGUGGCACGCGCUGCGGUAGACGAAAGGCCAGUCAAGGGUAGACUGCCCGCCACGCCGUCUCAGCCACGCCAGCGCAACCCGGGUGAUGACGGAGGGUCAGUCCAACGCGGCGGAGGGCGGGAAGUCGUGGCAGACACGCGCGAAGUUGAGGGCGAGACGGCAGGUGUUGCUGGUGCGGGUGCUUCAGGCACUGUGGCCCCCGUUGUGACGGCGAGAGAGGAGGCAGCAGUUGUGGCGACGACGAGAGAGGAUGCCCGUGGCAAGAAGAAAACCGAUCGGGAGGGCGGCGAGCCCGGUUCAAGCCGGGUACGUAGGGGAGUGAUGACGAAAGACCUCAUCGAUCGUGUCGUCCUUUGGGUUGAUGACAAAGCUUUCUGGAUGACGGGGGAGGGGCGAAGACUUUACAACAUCGUCCACGAAACAAGAGAGUACUUUGUCGCCAGCGCCAGUGGACUUCCACCGCCUGCCGUCCCUCGGAGCGUCGUACUGCCCAAAUCCAGCACGAGGGUAGCCAGGAUCGCCGACCAAUCACAGCUGCAGCAAGCGAUCUCCCGUGCGACGGCAGUGGAGAACAUUGCUCUGCGCAUCUUGCACGACCCGGCGGUUUGCGCGCACACGAUAGAUUUGUCCAUGGAUUUGCCACCGUGGUUCGUCGGUGCGAACAUCGAGGACAGACCGGACGACGACAACAUGGCGGCGCACCAGGAGUCCACCGUAAUCUGCGUCGCGCAUGCGUUCCGCGCGGCGGUGCAAAUGGGUGCGCUCAUCGACGCCGAUUUCAUCUCCCACGAUCGUAUUUGUCGGGUGGCUGACUGCUUCAGGCUGUUGUUGGCGGCGUGCAUGUGGAUAAUGCGCAUGGCGGGAGACGAUCCGCGCAGCCACUACGAAGCUUUCUACUUCGCGAGCCUCGUGGCGAAGCCCACACUCGUCGCAGCCAUGCAUUGCUCCUUCGAUCAUCGAAGAUCCGUCGUCCGCGCCGCAAAUGUCGUCACGGAGAGGCUCGGGAAGGCGAACGCCACAUUGGGAGAGUACCCCGACUACAUCCCUCAAUGGGCGCCCUGCGGCAUUGGUUUCAGGCACGACGCGAGCGCAACGGGGCUGGAGGAUGCGAAGAAGUUAGAUUGGUUGGGUUCGGGGCUCCCCGAUGAUGACAACAACAACAACGGAAAAGAUGACGCGUAGGGGGUGGCGGGGUGGCGGGGUGGCCGGGGUUUGUGUGUUGGGGGGGGGGGAAUGCUUGUGUGAACGUGGCCUGAUGUACACGU